GGAAUAUGACAGCAGUCGCCUCUUGGUAGCCGCGCCUUACCAGUAGCCACGACAACGUUUUCCGAACGCUAACGCCCCGCUGUCAGGAUGACGUCAACCAUGGACCUCGAGGAGAUCACCAAGCUCGUCGACGGGAUCUACAAGAAUAUUCUGGACAAAUUCAAUCCUGGUGCUCGGCAACUGAUAACGGCGGGGAAGGCUUAUCUAAAAGCUCUCCAUGGAGCUGCGGCGGCGUCCCGGCUGUACGUGGACGCCAUCAGCAAGCUGGCCAAGCAGGCACAGCAGGGCACCUGGGGAGCCUCCGCUGACAUCGGUUCGGCUCUUAUUCAGAUAGUUGACGUCUACAAGGAGAUACACGAGCAGCAGAUGAAUAUACUGAAAGCGUUCUACGUGGACAUGCUGGUGCCUCUGGAGACGAACCUGGAGAAAGAUACAAAAGUCGUACAGAGUGAGCAGAAGCGCUUCCUGCAGCAACACAAACAACGCUCUGAGACGUACAGCAAGGCGGCCGCGGCCAUCAAGAAGCAGAGGAAGAAGACCCGCGCCAAACCCCCGGCUGUGGCCCUGGACCGCGAGGUGAAGAGCCUCCAGGCGCUGGAGGAAGAGCGCGCCAAGCUGGACGCCUUCUGCGAGGCCAGUCUCAAGACCGCGAUGACGCAGGAGCGCCGUCGCUACGGGUUCGUGCUGGAGCGCCAGUGCUCGCUGGCGAAGCACUACCUGCUGCACCACAGCCAGUGCCGGCAGGCGCUGGAGGGCCGGCUGGACGCCUGGCAGGAGGUGGCGCAGUCCAGGGAGGCGCUGCCCGACGGCGUCGAGGCAGUCAUGGCCGCCAGGCUGCGGCAGGUGAAUUUCUACUCGGAGGACGCGCCCUCAGAGGCGGAACGCGACCGGACCGAGGACGACCGUGUGUCCAUGUCGUCGCAGCUGCGCAAGACCAAGUCGAUGGACGCGUCGUGCCUGGACAUGCGCUCCAUCGGCGACGCCGCCAGCCAGCACAGCCCGCUCAAGCCGCUCUCCAGGGCCAAGUCGGAGUUCGACCUCAGCGCCUCCACACAGUCCCUGGACCAAGUGUCCGCCCGCUACGACCGCCGCGACGUGACUGCGUCCUCGCCGGAGCCCGAGCCGCGGCCCAAGUCGCUGGCCGUCGCCUCGGAGAACGGGGACGCGCCGCUGGCGCGCGCCAUGUACGCCUACCUGUCCAGCGGAGACAACCAGCUCAGCUUCCUCGAAGGCGACGUCAUCGCGCUCAUGGGUGAACGCAUUAAGGGUUGGCAGUUUGGCGAGAACCUGCGUACCCAGACCAAUGGAUGGUUCCCCUUAGCUUACACAGAGAUGCUACUCGACGCAGCGGACAGCAGCUCGCCGACGCACAGCACGGCGCCCGCGACGCCGGCGUCGCCCACGCGCGGCCUGCAGGGCGGCAGGAGACCCGGCGCCGCCCACCACCAGCCGCAGGGUACCCGCGGCGCCGUGGCGACGGCCAUCUCGCGCGCGCUGCAGCAGCAGGCGGCGGGCGGCGCCGCCCCCGUGCCCGGGGGCAGGCCCGUGGUGGGCCCGCCGCCGCCGCUGGCCGCCUCCACGGCCGCCGCCGCCGCCGCCCUCAAGGCCGCCGGCGCCAGCCUGCACAGCAGCAACGACAGCGGCUUCAGCAACGAGCCGCCCCCGCUGCCGGAGGCCGACUACUCGGACGACGACAGCUCCAGCGAAAAGACGGUGACUGCAGUGAACGCCCCGGUGUCUUCCACCCUGCCCACCAAGCAGCGCGGUAGUGGAGGACGCGGCUGGUCUACCACUACCAACGGAACCCACGCCCAGCAAGCGGCCACCAACGGCCACACUAGCGGUGGCGGUGGCGGCAACGGCGGCAGGAAGCCGACCACGGAGCCGCGUCGUCGCGAGUACACCAACGGCCUGGUCAACGGCACCUCCGGGGGGGGAUCCCCCGGGGCGUCGGCCACCACGCCCCGCCUGCCCCACCUGUCGACCACGCUGGGCAGGGACUCCCCGCCGCGCAAGCCGAGCUACCCGGUGAAGCGCACCAAGUCGCUCUGGAAGUUCCGCCGCUCCGAACAGCCGGGCGACAUCCUGGAAGGCAUGUCGCUCUGGAGGCACCGCUCUCUGGUCGACGUGCCGGCCGCGCUGGACGCCGAGGCCAAGAGGGAGAACGGCCACCAGGAGCAGCAGCAGCACAAGAAGCCCGCCGGCCGGCAGCAGAAGGCGGAGGCGGAGGAGCGGCCCGCGGUGGCCGUGCAGACCGAGGACGAGGACCUGGACUCGAUGGCGCCCUCCGAGGUGGACGAGGAGGAGGACAGCGAGUCGUGCAUCGUGGUCGAGGACCACCGCCGGCCCCCGCCACAGCAGCCGGCGCCGGUGCCCCGCCAGCUGAGGGGCCCGCAGCAACAGCAGCUGCAGCAGCAGCAGCUGCAGCAACAGCAACAGCAACAACAACAGCAGCAGCUGCACAGCCAGCAGCCGCACAAGAGGAUGAGCGGUGCGUCACAGGGCAGCGCCGGCAUGACGCUGCCCUGGUACAAGCUCUGGGGCAUGGACGUCGCAGCCGUCAAAUAGGCCAGAGAGCGGUUCGCACGGCCUUGUUUCACAAGUAGAAAGUCCUGCUACUGGUGACAUCGUCUUUCCCAUGCACUCCAGAUUACGCUUCCCAGCUGUCACUGCAUACCUGCUGGUGAAGUAUCACUGCUCUCAGACUGCUCUCAGAUGUGAAGGUGGAUACUUUUACAUCUGAGUUCUUUUGAGUGAAUGACUUUGUCUCGAGAACACUUUGCCAACAUCAGAUCCAUACCUUUCAUAUAAUUCAGGUGUCCGGCGCUGCCUGUAAUGAGCUUCUGCUUGAGAUAUGAAUUAUUGAGAUAUUUUUUUCGCCAUGUGUACAGAGAAGAAGCGUGUUUACUAGUUAUUGGAUUAGUCGAUUUCUGAUUGUAAUCUCUACUUCCGUUCAAGGAGUAACCAAGUAGAAAAGUGAUAAAGCACAUAUGUAGAACGAAAUGUAUGUUCGUUAACAAGUAUAACCCAUAAUUACUUACAGAUAAUCAUAGAAUGUAUCAAGAGAAAUUUUUAAGAUUGUGUUACAUCUUUAUAUGGUGCUAUAUUUGAACCCUUAUUGUUGUUGAGGAUAUAAAUGUUUUACUUAUCGGUCAUAUCUAUUUUGUUGAUAGGGUCUUUAACAUCCUUCUUUUCAAGAUCGUCUUAUGAUGCUAAAAUGUAUUGUUCAUAAUCGUAGCCGUUUGAAUCUGCCUAAUGAUACAAGUAUCAUUUCUCAUAGGCUUUGAGAUGUGAAAGGGAAACCAAGUUAUAUGACGUUACUCAAAUCUUUGUUAGUAGUGUGUUGUAGCAAUCACUUUUUUUAAGGGCACGUAAGUGACUUGAUUCAGAGAGUAAAGUGUGAUGCGACAUCUAUUGAUGGACUCCUUUCACAGGUAAUAGGUCGCUAGAAGAACUUCGAUGGUUUGACGGGCCACGGAGAGAUUCCUAGGUUGGAAUACUGCCACGUGGCCUGUGUCAGUUACUCCGCCGCACCUUGGCGGUGAAACGAUACGCAACUUCGACGCUCGUAUGGUCUUCGCUCUGAUGCAAAGACCGGAUUCGAGCGACCAUGAAUACUUCUGGAGACGAUGAUUGCAAGUUCGUGACGACGUGCACGUAUACACAGAAGACGCAACGAGGUUCGCUUGGUUUUCUCACUGAAUCAAUAGGUGCUUAACAUUGCAACGUAUAAUUACUUAAACCGUCGUCACAGCCAGUUCAUAGCUGUAAAUUCCUUCCUCUGCAGAGGUUUCAAACAUAAAUUGUACGUUAUGUAUCAAGAAUGUAAUCAUCUGUAUUCUAAAACAUAUAUUUUGUGUAUUUCCUAUUCAUUACUUAAUACUUAAUGAGAUAAAAUAUGUAAUUAGCUUGUAUUUUAAUUCUGCAAUAAAGAUAACAAAACU